UCUCUAUAAAACCCCACUUACUUACUAUUCAAUCAAUUCUACACACCGUACGUCUAUGGAAGAAAUGGAGCGGGAUAUUUUCGGGUCCAAUUCUUAUUACACCAUUCUCGGAGUCUGUUCGGAUUCUUCACCCGAAGAAAUUCGUAGCGCUUAUCGCCGCCUGGCAAUGCGAUGGCAUCCAGAUCGGUGGGCGGGAAGAAGGGCUUCCCCUGCUUUGUUGAGUGAAGCCAAAGCCAAAUUCCAGCAGAUUCAACAAGCUUAUUCAGUUUUGUCGGACCAGAGGAAGAGAGCAAUGUAUGAUGCUGGGUUCUAUGAUCUUGACGACGAUGACGAAGAUGUUCACGAUCAGUUGGGUAUGAAGCAGGGAUUCUAUGAUUUUAUGCAAGAAAUGGUGUCACUUAUGGCUAAAGUAAGGAAUGAGGAUUGCAAGUACAACAGCCUGGAGGAGCUGCAGACAAUGCUGACGGAGAUGGCCCAAAGCUUUUGAAUUCUCUUUUGUCUUCUUUCUGUUAUGGGCCAGUAAUUUAGGCAGCCCAUUGAGAGACAGCCCAAUUUUGAAAUAUGCUUUUACUUCGGAGCCCAUUUUGAGCCCAUCACUAUCGUGAGGCCUCACACGGGCCUCGGCCCACAUUUAAGAUGCCUCUAAUCGUGUAAUGGUAGAGAGAAAUGAAAUUUGUUCAUUGACUUUUGUUUUUAUCUGA